AUGAUACCUGGCAGUGGUCUAGUCGCCGCCCUUUUCGCACAUCUGAAAAUGUGACAGUUCCCAGGGGCACGGCCAGUAGGCGUGUAGAAUGUGUCAAUUGGAGGAGAACCUUUCAAAUUCUUGGGAAAAUGUUUGAAUUUGCUCCUUUUUCUUCCAAAGUCUCUCAAAAGUACUGAAGGAUCACUGCAGUUACUUUUUAUUUCUCAUAAAAGUUAGAGUCAUCUUACGGCUUCUCAGAUGGCAGUAUUCAAGCAUUUCACUCACAUUUAUGGAGAAUACGUCAUAAAAAAAUAUCAAUUUGAAUUUGAGAUGAAAAAUAAGACAGUCUCGAUGAGGGAAUCUUGCCAUUGGCCACGACAGUGGUUUUUUUGUCUUUUUUCAAUACUCAAAAAGUGGAUUCAGUGUGAACAUCACUGAGGAAAAAAAUUUGCUUAAGCAAUAAAUUCAUAUUAAUUAUAAACAUCACGCCGGUUUCAGAGUAGAAGCCGAGGUGUUCGAGUUGUCGCCAGACGGCCAACGCUGGCAGCGGAUGGACGCCCGCCUGGCUCGCGUCUGCGUUUUCAACGGAUUCGAAGAGUCGCAGCCGCGAUUUGUCGCCACGACGCCAGGCGGUUUGAAGCUCAUCGACGCCGUCAUUCCCUUCGGUGAGAGAAAGUUGGAAACGAAAAUUAAGUAGAGAAGGAUUGGGAUCCUAAACUACCAGAAAGGCUAAUGAGAAAACUUCGAGAGUUUAGAGCACUCGGAAUUUCUUCGUUUUCUGAAAUAUGGUUCAUAAUUUCUUUAAAUGUAAGAUAUGAGAAUCCGCAAAGUCUCAGCCUACAUAGUUUUCCAGUUUUUGAGAACGGAUGCCUCAAUGACUUAGCCAGAAAAAUAAAAUCAAGAAGUGUGAAACAAACUAAGUCGAAAGUUUAUCGCCCAUUUUUUUUUCACAAUGAGCCAUAUUCUACAAAGUCUUGAGCGAAUUACUUUUUUUAUCAAUUUUUUUUUAUUUUCAACUCUUUUUUUCUGCCUUUUUAAUUCAGCAGAAGAAUACAGACUGGAAGUUUCCAUUCGUCUCAUAUGAGAUUGCCAUAUUCAGGUCGAAACGGAAAGAGCGGUUAGAGAGUGAAAGAUUGAAAAAAUCUGAAGAAAUUGGGCGAGCAACUAAUCAAAAAUGCAUUGCUACACCUCGAAGCGAAGAUUGAAGUAGAUGGGCCGAAUGCCGAGGAAAUUCGGCCCUAGAAAAGAAAAAAACAAGCGCCAUUCUCUCUUUUGGUACUUCACCACUUUUGUUUACACGCAGAUGUCCGCAAUUUUUACGUCUUCUACUAGAAAAAUCAUCUUUCGACGUUCUUUUUCUGAGAAAUUCAAUCAAAACUCAUCUCCACUUCACUGAUUCAAUGUUGCUUGGAAAUGUUUGUAUUUACUUUUGUAUACGAUCGCCCUACUUCAUCGAAGGUUGAUAAUAGCUGAGCGAAAAAAGACUCGAUCGAGUGUCGCCACUCGACGCAAUCGCCCGCUUUCCCUCCAAUUCCUCUGUUUUUGCGGUUUCUAAAAAAUGAAUAUCGUACAAAAAAUCGAUUAGAAAUUUAUUUCCAAGGUUUAUUAGAGAAAGAAGUGUCUUGCGUUGUUUUUUGUACUAUAAAUCCAUUAAAAAUUAAGGUAACCAUAUUUGUAUUUUGAAUGUUUUCACUUCAAAAAGGGUUGUACACUUUGUUCUCUAGAAUGUCCCGGAAAUUUCCUUGAAAGAUUUUUAUACCAAAGAGGAAGAUAGUGGAAGUCCCAACUUGCCUAAAGACCCUAGUUUCCGAGAAAAUAAAUUCUUUGCAACGCUUAAUAACUGAGAAAUCCUGAUUUCAAUAAGUUGAUUUGAAGGUGAAAAGGUGCACAAGGUGAGCGAGUUCUUCGUGUACUUCCGUCUGGACGGACGCACGAUCGGACUGAACACGUUGAGCGAGAGGGACACGAGUCUCCUGGUCUCUUUCGCCUGCAACACUACCCACUUCAACAUGUUCCAGCACUCCUUCACCGCUUCCGUACGUUCAUUCUGAGAACCCAAAAGUCUGUUGAAGAAACACGGUUAAUUCACAGCCAUCCGAAGGAAAUAUCAAUUCAAAAAAAGAAAGAUUACUGAAUCGCCUGGCUUUCAGGACUCGUUUAAAAACGGCUUUCUAGCUCCGUUAUUUUUUUUUUCGAUUUAUGCAUGCCUUAUCAAAGUUGGCAAAGGUAAUAAUUUAGGCAAAGUUAGAACAUGGAUUUUCGUUUUUAAGUCUAUUCUUACUAUCUGAUUCAACUUUGCUCAAAAUUGCGCUACCGUGAUUUUCUACGUCUCCUUCUUUCUCCUUUUGUUUGCUCGCACAGGCCGAAAGUCUAAAAAAAUCUAUAAUCGCAUUUAUAUUGAUUUAUAAUAGUUUGCUUGAUUUUAUUUUUCAUUUGUUUCCCGCAGUAAAUGAUAUACGAAAAGCUUUACUAUUUAUUCCGGCUUCAUGUCUUAACACUUUUGCAGAAAGACAUUUUAUAUUCGCAGUACGUAACAAUAAAUCUCAGAGGUUUCCAGACGAGUUCUUAGAGAUCGGCGAUUCAGACUGAUUCUCCAAAGAUUUUGUAAGACAGCAAUGUUGAAACGUUUCGUCAAAAACUUUUUUUCAAUGUGAGCAUUCCUUUUUUUUCAAAUUGAGAUAAUAAAAAUAUUACCACACAGCAAAAAAAUACUUCCUGAGGUCGAAAGCGUGAAUGUGAGGUUAAAAUAAGAUGGAAAGCAUAAAAUAAUUAUUCAAAAUUUUGCAUACAGUUCAUUCCUUUUUUCCAUUUCGGAAUCUGCCACAUUCAAACGGAAAACUGAGAAUAUUUUAAAAUUGCACCGAGUUAGUGUGUUUCGUUUUUCUCAUCCAGUCGAUUUGAGGUGUCGCGGAUUGCUACGUUCGAAGGCGACAGAGUCGUUGGUUGUGAGGAACCACCAGAGCAGUCGAACGUUCGUUGUGCCUUAUUUCCUCUCUGAUUAUUUUUUUCUGAUCUUUUUAUUCACUUUGUUCUUCUGCAGAUGUCGCUGAGUCCUUUGAACAUGAGCUUCGACUACCGUGGAUCUCCAGUCGUUAUAGACUUGGUUCGUUUCAGAUACGUAGAAGUUGAGCCAAAGAACCUUUUUAUCAUUAAAGAGCGCUGCAUUACUAGUUCGAAAUUCUCUCAAAAUCGACCCUUUUUUUCUAUUUCCCUCCUCAAGUACAAUAGCCAGUUUGCAGAUACAAGCAAGUCCAAAAAAGUGGCUCACAAGUUUUGAGUGAUCAGUACAUGUACACUUACAGUGCGCGUCAUGUAUAGGACCUCCCCUUAAAGUUGAAAAAAACUUGAAUCGAAAUGCGAGCGGAAUAACCGAAAAACACGUCGCUUCAAAAUUAUAAGACCCCUCUCCGAAAAUCUGUUUAUGACGGCACUGUAUAGAAAAAAUUUUUACCGAAUGCACAUAUUUUCGAGAGUUCUAGGGCCACUGAGUCAUUUUUUCUUAGCUUACAAAAAAGUUUUAUAGCUGGAAAGUUUCGCAUGCGGCAGCGAGAUGCAGCCGGACGCCGUGGAAGUGGCUCACGGAGCCAACGUCUUCCGACUCGCAGUGCCCUCCCACGCGCAUCUCUUCCUCAUACAGGUGCGCCGACGGGAAGUCGACGACGUCUUCUUUCCAGGCACUCAACAUCUCUUCGCUGCUUCUCGCGCGGACCACCUCCUCGUCCGUCGCCAUCGGAUACCUCCAGCAUCAGCACGAGAAGCUCCUCCAAAAAAUUGCUCUGGUUUGGAUUUCACUCUGUUACAAGCAAUAUAUAACAUUGUCCCUCUUUGUCGAAGGAAGUCAUUUAAGGUUACUCAAAAAACAAAAAAGGGACAGAAAAGUCUUGAAGCAGCUGCUCUCGAGAUUUUUUCAAAAUUGAAAGCAACUAUCCUGAGAGAUCCUAUCAUUAAACCCAAGAGAGAAUUUUUUCAUCUCCAUCUUGUGUCUCUAUUUCUUACUAGAAAUUCAUAGAAAAAAACAGUUUUUUUAAGCUUUUUUUCAAUAGAUAUUUCAAAGCUUCUUUUGUUGAAUGUUUUUCCCUAGGACCACCUAUCACGAAAAUCAAGAAAAGUUGUGCGAUGAUACAGAAACUCAGUUGGUCACGAACUAAUUGAAAAAAAAAAACUUCGGUUUUGCAAUUUCAAGGAAGUGAAUAAAUUAUUUGUUUCGAAUCAAGAAGCCCAAUGAACUGGCCCCUAUGUUUCAUUCCAAAAAAAAAAUCCUUAAUUUUCGAUCAAAAAGCCAUAAUUUUUUUAGAGCCUCGAGUUUAAUCGCAUUCAAAAAAUUGGAUAUUCUACAAGGUAGCCGAAAGAGAGAUUUAUGCUGUUUAAAGUCAACGCAGUAGCCGCUUACUUGACGCUGCCAUUAAAAAUUUUAUGAAUUUUUAAAAUGUCUUGGUACUUUUUUUGGUGUUUGACGUCCGAUUGAUAGAAUCUCCAGCUGAAGUCGACGGGAGCUUCUGAAGGGAAGAUACAAGAAGACAUGCUCGCGUUGAAACGGAUCGUCGUCCAGCAAAGACUCGCCGCUCUGCAACAGACCUUUCUGCCCGACUUCCAGGUUCCUUCUUCCUUUCAAAGCGCCGCUCCUCUCUCAGAUAUCUAUUUGAUUUCCUUUUCCGUGCAUAUCGUAGGUUCGCAACAUUUGAACGUGGGAAAAGUUUGUCGUUUUUAUCGCCGCCGCCAGUAUACAGGCGCCGCACAAGAAUGCCUGUUUGCUUUCUACCUUUUGCUGCGCUUCUGCCUUUUCUCUCUUCUCGUCGUUUUUGAAUUCAACUUUAGUAUACGAAUCAUUUGAGUUCUCUUCUUCUCCUUUUUCCGACUUAUAACCGAAAAAUGUUUGAAAAUUUUUUGUUCUUUCCACACCACCAUCUUCUCGAGUCAAAUUUGAUCUACAAAACAACGUCAAGAAUUAUUUGAGAGUCAACCUGCUAGUUCAUCUUCUUCAUAGUCGACUUCUCAUUGAAAAUCCAUAUUUUUUUUGGGGAGACUACAUAUUAUUUCACAACUUCUCGGCGGUUCUUUUAGGUUUCGAAUCUGCCUCAAAGUUUUUCAUUAUCUUGUCACAUUUCUUUUCCAGUUUUUUUAAAAAGUACCUAUUAAUAGAAAUUCUUCAGAAGUUUGUGUUGGCAUAGUACCUAGAGUGGGAAAGGCUCUUUAGAUAUCUAAUUUGAUGUUGUUUUUCUGAUUUCAAGUUAUUUAUGAAGACAACUUUUUUUUAUUCGUUAAACACAUAGAAGUAUUUUACUGGAACUGGGAAAUAGACGAUUUGAACGCAAAGGAAGAAGCGGACAGAAGCAUGUUUGCCACUGGCGACUCUCUGAUAAGAGUUUUCUCGCCCGCUUAGCCACUCGAGAGAUCCUGCCGGCCUUCCAGGCCACUGCCACUGCCUUCUUCACGCUGAUCCUUCUUUUUGCUCUUUCAGUCCACAUAUACAGUACUUUUCCUCUUGUCUUCAUCGCCAAGAGAACUAGUCAUGCCAGCGAACUUUUUGAAUAGCAAUAUUUCAGAGAGAAAUUCGAUUCUUCAUUGUAGGGUGUCGAAAAGGAUCUUUGUUCCGAAGAGGCGAGACGACACGUUCUGCCUUCGAGUAGACUUCCUUCCAUCUUCCUUCACUUCUUCAACAUGCACUCAUUCCGUGUGUAAGUCGUCAAGGUCCUCGCAUUCUCAAAAUGAGCUCCUUGCAGCUGGCGGAAGCAGGUCGAUUUGUGCGACUUCAGAAGAACUUCGCCGCCGUCGACUUCUGCGACAACACCGACUUAUCCAUCCUCGACAACGUUCCAGACGUUUCCAGGAAAGACGCGCGAAGCCUCGACGUCGUUGGCCGACGCCUGCGAUCACCGUCGUCGGCAGAUGGCGCAAGAAUCAGCCGUCCCUUCGACCAGCGACAGAAUGGCUGUUCUGCAACUCGACGGCGAAGAUUACCGAGUCCGGAAAACAAAUGGCCGCUUGGGCCUCACCAUCUACGCCCAUAACGACGAAGGUGUCAUCAAGGCUGAGGUGAGUGGGUCUCUCAACUGAAGCCGUCCGAUCCACAAGUGCUUCUUAGACAAUGAAACUUUGUUCUGGAGAUUUUUUUUAAAUCUUCCAGGUUCGUGGUGUGACGUCAUUUGCUCCUCGUUGCGCCGCAGUGGGCGACAUCGUCGUUGGUGUCGACGGGGAACUCAUCUCUUCAGUUCGUUGCGCCGCGGACGUCGAACGUCUUCUGCGCCAAGGGAAAGUCAUCCAUCUCCGACGACGACGAGCUGCCCAGAAGGUUUUUCCCACUAAUUCUCAAUAGUCUGUUGCUUUUAGGUAACGGUAAUAGAGCCGCCGGGAAAAACUUUGGAAAAAGCGAAUUUGGUUGUGAAUUGCAACAAACUAGUUCUCGCCCUCCAGGAACUUCUUAUCACAGAGAAGAAGUAUGUACAGGACUUGAAAGAGGUCUGUGAAGUUUUCAAGUCUUUUUUUAUCGUCUUCAUUGUUUUCUAGAUGAACGAGGUAUUUUUGUGUAUCCGUUUAGUGAGGGAGAUUAUGCAUUCUGCACUAGGCCUUGUUAAGAUCCAGGUUUGUGAUUGUGUCCAUUAAAUAAGAUGAUUCUUUCAAAUGCUGCAGACUUCUUUUGUGGAGAGUCUGGAAGAAGCGAUCGGCGAUGUCAUCAAACAGGAGACGUCAUCUGCCCAGAUGAGGGUGAGACUUGCUUCUGGGAGAUGUCGAAAAAAUCAUCUUCAGGACUCAGUGACGAGGGUUUGCGCCGUGUUCGUCAACCGCUGCGCAGACUUCAAGAUCUAUGCCGAAUACGCGGCCGCCUACCUCAGGCUGCAGCAGGAGAUCAAGCAUCACAAGGAGCUGCUCAGCAAGCUCGAGGUUCAGAUCCAUCUCGCGAUAUCGCGUUAAUAUUCCGGAAAAGGAGUUGCAAUGUGGAGUUGUAGUCUGUGUGCCACGGUCUGAAAUUUCAUGGAACGACAUUCCGCUGUGCCGCUGCGCGCCUUUGCGAACCUUGGUCGCGCUAUUAAUUUUUUUUUUCUUUUAUUAAGGUACUCUACUUUCAUGUGUUCCCCCAGAAAUAACAAUCAAUUGAAAGUGUGACGUAGGUUCGAAAGACGCUUCGCGAAUACACACAGCCGAACAGCGGAAUGUCGUUCCGUGAAAUUUCAAGUCGUGUCACACAGACUAUAAUUUCAUUCUUUAAGCUACUUAGUUGCUUGAAUAUUAAUGUUUGAAUGGGAAAAAAACCCCGUUUGCAGGCGGUGAACAGUUCUCGUGAGCAGCACUGCUCCUACGAGUCGCGCAUGAUCAAGCCUGUGCAGAGGAUCGUUCAGUACCCGCUUCUUCUUAAGAACAUUCUCGACGCCUGCGACAAGGACGCCUUCGAACGUAAACAGGUGAUCUUUUUUGACAAGUAGAUUUUUGAGCUUCUCAUUGAAUAAAAGUUUUUGGCUGUAUAGUAAAUCCUUUCUGACUUGAAAAACGAGAGAGGCGGAGAAGUGUGCGUGACACGAAGCGUGUGCGUACGCGGUCCUUGGAACGAGUUUAAUUCAACCGAGAGCGACUAUUUAGAGAGCUCAUUCAACGCUCUUUUUAUUUUUUUAUUUUUUUAUUUUUUUAUUUAAUUAUUUAUUGAUUUUUUUUCAUGUUAGAAUUGAAAAUAGUGGAACACAUACGAAAAGAGCGGAAUCCGAGAUUUUCAAAUAGUCGCUCUCGCUUGAAUUGAACUCGGGCCAAGGACCGCGUACGCACACGCUCCGCGUCCCGCGCACUUUUCCGCCUUCUUUGCCUUUCGAGUCGGGAUGGAUUGACUAUAAUUGAUUGAAGAAAUAAUAUUUUCAUGGAUAUUUCAAGGUGGAGUCGGCCCUCCAGAAAAUGCAAACGCUGACUGAAUACGUUAACGAAAUGCAGCGACUGCACGAAGAAUAUGCACAGCAGAUCGACGUCGUCAGAAAGGCGCACGAAGCACUUCUUCUCGAGAAGGUCGUUCCUCUUUGUGAAGCUUCAACAUGUUCGAACUCUUUCAGGGUGUGCGAAUGGACACUCGCGACCUUCUCAUAUUCGCCCACAUCCGCUGGAUCGACGCUCCUUCUGAGCACUACGUCGUCUUUGUCUUCCAGACACUCAUCCUACUCCUGCCUUCGUACGCACGCCGCGAAAUGAAGGUUGCAGCGAUAAGAGUUUGAAUUCUGCAAUUUCAGCUUCAGAUGAAAUGGACUCGCGUACUGCCGAUCAACGAAGUCGAAGUGGAAGAGCUGCCGAACGACGCCGUCAACCUGCGUUUCGUGCACGCCGCCUUCGAGUCUCCCAACGGACAACUCAGCCAUUGUGAGUCAUCCCGUCUUCUGGCUUCCAAAUGCCUCGUUCAGCCAAUCCCAACACCGUGUACCACAUCGAAUGCUGUCAACCUCAACUCAAGCAGCAAUUGAUAAAGAGCGUCAAGAAAGCUCGCGCCAACUUUGUGUUUGUUCUCGUUGCUAGAUCCCCGGAAGAAGAAAGACUUGCAGGAGAGAAAGUCGACGUCCUCUCAGCGGAUCGAGUCAGUCCGACGGCGGAUAUGUUAGCGAGGCCUCGAAGGAACAAAUCCCACGCCCUCACAAGUGA